AUGUCCGGACACAUUGAAGGCGGGUCAUUGGAUUCAGUGGCACAGGGAAAAAGCCAAAAAGAUGAAAAUGAGAUCGAUUAUAAUCCAACGUCUUUAGCUGGACAAAUUUCUGUCAAGGAAAUGGGCACCCGAGCGAAAUCGGAGCCUGAAGGCCAAAAAAGCCAACCCCCAACAACAGAACAAACAAACCAAAGUACAAAUACCGACAGCUUUUCAGAAGACUAUGCGCUCGAAAACAUGGCGUACCGACCCACAACAGCGCAGAACAGCGACAUAUUCGAACAACUUAUAGUUUGUGUCAGAAAACAUAUUCCAGAUGAGCUGCACAGCGUGAUUCUUUCGGCGGCAGAUGCAAUCCUAGAGGUGCUCAAAGGCGACACAGGCAUGACGCAGCAAAAAGCUGAGAUCGAAAAGCUUCUAUCGUUGACCUUAGAUGAGGAACAGUUCACGGAACUAUCAGGGUACGCCAGUCAGAUUACUGAUUUUGGAGAACGAGAAGAGGAGGAAGAGAGCGGCGAUAUCGUUGCGGUGGAGUUUGAAGAGGAUGGGGCCCAGGACCAGUUUGCUGACACUGGUAUGGCAGACGAUAUAAUACCCGACAAUUUGGAAGCGGCAGAAGAUACAAAAGCAGAAAGCGUGCCCGAAGGCGAAGACAUGCCACACGCCAUUGUUGUUGCGCCAGGUCAAGAGAAGGAGGGAGAAGAAGAAAAUGGGGGAAAAGAAGCUGAAGGUUCUGCGCUCAAUUUGGGCGAUAUUACGCCCGAUUUUCUUUUCUCGCGCCUCAGUGCGGCGGCGCCCGAAACCGACGCGGACGAAAUCCGUGAAACGUGCAAGAAAAUCUCGCGGGUGCUCAACGACAGCGAAAUUGCGGGCGAAAAUUUGGAGCAGCGGCUCAUGGCGGCGACCGAUUUCCGUUACCUCGACUUUGUACAUAUGUGCAUGGAGCAACGAUGGCGCAUUGUUUUUGGGGUGAAGUUGAAGCAGAACCGGGCCAAGGCGCUCGAACAGAUGCGGGCGAUGGGGCUCGAGGAGUUGGAGCGCGAAGCCAGCGGGGCGAAAAAACGGGCAGCCACAGAAGUGGCGGGCGAGCGAAAAAGAGCGCGCACAGAAGAGACCAGAGACAUAGAGGAGACAAGUACCGAAGAUGUCAUAAACACCAAGGACAUCCCAGAAGACACAUCCGAUACUUCAGAAAACACCACCACAGACAAAUCCACAGAGCUCCGAGUAGUGGAUCUCGGUGCGCUCGCGUUCGACCAGGGCGCCCAUCUUAUGGCGAGCGCGAAAAUCUCGCUCCCCAAAGGCUCGUACCAGCAGAACAAAAAGCAGUACGACAUCAUCAGCGUGCCGGCGCCCACGCCCACGCCGCCGCCGCCUGCCGCAGAGCCGCUUGUGUCGGUUGCAGAGAUGCCCGAGUGGGCGCAGGCGGCCUUCCCUGCGGGCGAAACCGCCACGUUGAACCGCAUCCAGUCGCAGAUAUAUCCCAAGGCGUUUUUGUCGGACGAAAACCUUCUUCUCUGCGCGCCCACGGGCGCGGGAAAAACCAACGUGGCCAUGUUGGCGCUUCUUCGAGUUUUGGGCAACAACCGCGACGCCAGCGGGCGCGUGAUGGUGAAAAAAUUCAAGUGUGUCUACAUUGCGCCGCUCAAGGCGUUGGUGGCGGAACAGACGCGCGAGUUUCUGCGGCGCCUCACGCUGUUUGGCGUGGUGGUGAAGGAGCUUACGGGCGACCUGGCGUUGAGCGCGCGCGAGAUCCGCGAGGCGCAGGUGUUGGUGACCACGCCCGAAAAAUGGGACGUGGUGACGCGCAAGGAGCCGCACUUUGCGCGCUUGGUGCAGUUGGUGGUGCUCGACGAGAUCCAUCUUUUGCACGACGAACGAGGGCCGGUGCUCGAGAGCAUUGUUGUGCGGGCGAAAAGGGCUGCGCACGCGCGCCUCGUGGGUCUUUCGGCCACCUUGCCCAACUACGAGGACGUGGCGCUGUUUUUGGGCGUGCGCGCGGCGGGGCUUUUCUACUUCGACGCCAGUUUCAGGCCGUGCCCGUUGCAGCAGGAGUACAUUGGCAUCAAGGAAAAGAAGGCGAUCCGCAAAGUGGCGGCCAUGAACGACGCGUGUUUCGAAAAAGUGGCCUCAAGUGUGGCCCAGGGCCACCAGGUGAUUGUGUUUGUGCAUCUGCGUAAAGACACCGUGCGCACGGCGCAGUUUCUUGCGGCGCGAGCAGAGGCCGAAGGCGUUCGAACCGUGCGGUCGGACGGCGCGCGCGAGAUCUUGGCCCAGGAGGCGGCGGCCGCGAAAAACAAAAACUUGGCGGAGAUCUUGCCCUCGGGCUUCGCCGUGCACCACGCCGGUCUUGCGCGGCCCGACCGGUCUGCUGUCGAAGACCUCUUUGCCCAGGGCCAUGUGCAAGUGUUGGUGUCCACGGCCACGUUGGCGUGGGGUGUCAAUUUGCCGGCGCACACGGUCAUCAUCAAGGGCACCGACACGUACUCGCCAGAAAAGGGCAGCUGGGUGCAGUUGCUGCCGCAGGACAUAUUGCAGAUGCUUGGGCGUGCCGGGCGGCCGCGCUACGACAAGUCGGGCGAGGGUGUGAUCAUCACCGCGCACGACGAGCUCCAGUACUAUUUGGCGGUGCUCAACCAGCAGCUUCCGAUCGAGUCGCAGCUCAUGGCACGGCUCGCCGACUGCAUCAACGCCGAGGUGGCGCUGGGCGCAGUGGACUGCCGCGCCGCAGCCUGCGACUGGUUGGCCCAGACGUACUUGUACAUCCGCAUGUUGCGGUCGCCGCGCCUCUACCAGGUGGGCGCGGAGUACGCGGGCGACACGGCGCUCGAGCGCAAACGGGCGGACCUUGCGCACUCGGCGCUAGUUUUGCUCGCGCAACAUCGCUUGGUCGACUACGACCCGCAGACGGGGAAAACCGCCGCGACCGAAUUGGGCCGCAUCGCCGCCAACUUCUACAUUUCCUACACCACCGCCGCUGCCUACCACUCGGCGCUCCGGCCGUGGAUGUCUGAGAUCGACCUUCUUGGCGUUUUCGCCCGCGCCGACGAGUUCCGCUUUGUGCCUGUCCGCGCCGAGGAGAAGGUGGAGGUGGCGCGGUUGGCCGACCAGGUGCCGAUUCCGUUGAAAGAGGCGCCCGACCGGCCGCGCGCCAAGAUCGGCGUGCUUCUUCAGGCGCACGUUUCGCGCUUGCGCUUGGACGGCUUUGCCUUGCUCGCAGACAUGGUGUACGUGACGCAGUCGGGCGGGCGGCUUUUGCGCGCGCUCUUUGAAAUGUGCCGCUCGCGGCGCUGGGCGCAGCUUGCCCACGCGGCGCUUUCCUUGUGCAAGCUGGUGGAGCUGCGCAUGUGGCAGGCCGCAUCGCCUUUCCGGCAGUUUGGCGACUUGGCGCCCGACCAAGUUGUGCGUGCCGCGGAGGCGUCGCAUCUUCCCUUCUCCAGCUACUUUGACUUGUCGCCGGCCGAACUUGCCGAGGCCAUCAACUUCCGCGGCCACAGCGCGCAGGCGCACCAGCUUCUUGCGCAGUACCCGCGCUUCGAGUUGGAGGCGCGCGCGCACCCUGUCUCGGCCGACCUCGUGCGGGUGCUGGUGCGCCUCGCGCCAAACUGGACCUGGAAUGCGAAAGUGCACGCGCGCACCGAACGGUUUUGGUUGACUGUGGAAGACGGCGACGGCGAGCGCAUUUUGCACGACGAGGAAGUGCGGGUCUCGCAGGACACCGUGGGCCGCGAUCUUUUCGUCGACUGCGUGGUGGCGGUGUCGGAGCCGCUUGCGCCGGCGCUUUUCGUGUGCGUGGCCAGCGAGUCGUGGCUCCACUCGCAGUGGCGCGCGCCCGUGCAGUUUUUCGACGUUCGCAUGCCCAAGGCGCCACUGGCGCCCACCAAGUUGGCUGAUGCCACAGUGCCGCUUUCUGCGCUCGACUUGGAAGUUAAGGACCUCGGUAUCCCGCACCUCAACCGCAUGCAAACACAGUGCCUCCAUUCGGUGUUCCGCACCAACGAAAACGUGUUUGUGGGCGCGCCCAAGGGCACGGGCAAGACGGUGUUGGCGCAGUUGGCGCUUCUUGCGUGCUGGCGCCAGAACAAACAGCGCGCCGUGUACAUCCAGCCGACACAGGCGCUCGUGGACGCGCGCGCGCGCGAGUGGGCGGCGCUUUUCGCGCCUCUCACCGACCCGCCCAAAAACGUGGCGCGGCUCACGGGCGACGCCGCUGCCGACGCGCGCAUCUUGGCGCUCAACCACUUGGUGCUUGCAACGCCCGAGCAGUUUGACGCCGUGUCGCGCCGCUGGCGUCUGCGCCGCGCGCUCCAGGACUUGGGCGUGGUCAUUGCAGACGAUGUGCACUUGUUGGGCGCGCGCCCGGCGUACGAGGCUGUGCUUGCGCGGCUUCGCCUCAUGGCGGGCCAGGGCGUCAACGUGCGCGUGGUGGCGCUCGGCCUGCCGGUGUUGUAUGGGCGCGAAAUGGCGCUGUGGCUCGGGUGUGCGAAGGAGCACACGUACAACUUUGUGGAUGCGCCCGACGGCGCGCGCGAAGUGCGCCUCGAGCCUUUGGGCGCGCGCGCCGACGCCGCUGCGUGCGCCAAGUUUGUCGCCGCAAGCCGCCAGUGCGUGGCGUUUGCCCCAACGCAUGUGGCCGCGGCCGAACUAGUGGCGGCUAUAGUCGAGGUGGUGGAAGAGAAUGGCAAGAGUGACAAAAACGGCAAGAAUGGCGAAAACGGCAAGAAUGACAAAAACGACACAAACGACAAAAACGACAAAAACGGCUCCAACGACCAGGCUCUGCCCGAUCUCUCUGCCGGCAAUAUUGCCGACGGCGCAGCGCGGCGCGCGCUCGGUCGCGGCGUGGGCUUGCUCCAUGAAAACCUAGUGCCGGCGGACAGAGCACACAUUGUUCGGCUCUUUUCAAAGGGACAGCUCCGUGUCUUGGUGGCCACACGGCCAACGGCAGCGUACGCGCCGCCUUCGCGCGACGUGGCUGUCUUUGGAACUCUGGCCCUGGAGCUCACUCAUCUGGGCGCUUACUUUCUUAGCGACGUGGCGGAAAUGGUGGGCUGUGCUCGCGGCGGCCGCGCUCUCAUAUUCGCGCCCGCGCCGCAGCUCGCCUACUACGCGCGCUUCGUGGCCGCGCCUCUCCCGGUCGAAAGUGCGCUCGACGGCUCGCUCGCCGCGCCAUUCGCGUACGAAGUGGCUGUGCGCACGUUCCGCUCGAAACAGGACGCUGUCGACUGGCUCACUUACACGUGGUUGUACCGGCGGUUGGCGCAGAAUCCAAGCUUCUACGGCCUCAAAGACGUGUCGCACCUUGGCGUGUCGGAAUUUCUUUCCGAGCUUGUCGAGUCGACGUUGGAGUCGUUGGCUGAGGGCGGCUUGCUUGAGGUGAACGAAGACGACGACGAAGACGAGGACAGAAGCGACGAUGAGGACGAUGAGGAGCUUUCUCCAUUGAACGGAGCCAUGAUCGCGUCGCAUUACAACGUUUCGCCGCAGGCCGUUGCGGCCUUUGCUGCUUUGUCGGCCAAAGAUCGCUUGCGGGGCAUAUUUUCGGCCGUGGUUUCCGCCCCGGAAUUCGAGUCCUUGCCUGUUCGUGCCGACGAGUUGCCAAUUCUCACGCGGCUUUCGUCUGCUGUUCCGCUCAAACUCGCGCCAGAAUCAGAUCUUGGUCUGCCCCACACAAAAGCAUUUUUACUCUUGCAAGCGUACUUGUCCCGGAUUUCUGUUUCAGGAGACUUGGCCAGCGACCAGCGCACAGUCCUUGAGAAGUCGUUGCCUCUUGUCUUUGCAUGCACAGAUACACUUUCGUCCGAGGGCCAUUUGAACGCUUUGCAGGCAAUGGACCUUGCGCAAAUGCUCGUGCAAGGAAUGUGGAACAGUGAAAGCCCGCUUCGGCAGUUGCCCCACGUCACACAGGAGACUUUAGCUCGGGCGAAAAAGUACAACGUCGAAUCUGUGUAUGACAUCAUGGCUUUGGAGGACAAAGAAAGAGACGAUGUUUUGCAGUUGCAGGAGGAGAAGCUCAAUGAUGUUGCCUGUUUCGUCAACAAGUACCCUAACAUUGACAUUCUGUAUGAAAUGGAUGUGGCUGAACCUCUCACCGCAGGCGAACAGAAACAGAUUACAAUUACCGUGGAAAGAGAUGAGGAAAUGGAAGAUUUGCUCGUGGAGUCGGCCACGUUUCCUUUUCCAAAGCAAGAAGGUUGGUGGCUUGUGGUUGGCGAUGCAACUCUGCGCCAAUUGUAUGCAAUCAAGAAGAUUUCUGUGGCUCACGAAACCCAGCUGGUGACGAUGCUGUUUUCUGUUCCUACUCCUGGAAAACACAAAUUAACCGUGUGGUGUAUGUGCGAUUCGUACAUCGACGCAGACAAGGAGAUGGAGGUGGAAGUGGAGGUGGUUUAA